GAGUCCUGGCAUCGCCGGCACCACGAGCGUGCCGGCGAGCGACCUCCGGGCGCUCGUCCGCAGCGAGUUCCAGGUGUCGCCACGCUCCGACCGCAGCAGCGGUGGUCCUCUCCAGCCAGGGCGGCGGCAGAUGUCCGGGGCUCGUGGGAGGCCAGCAGAUGUCCGAGGCGUGCGUCAGCGGGACGGUGCAGCUGCCGCCCGACGGCAAUCCGGUCAUCCUGCUGGCAGAGCACCAAGCAACCGGUGGCUACAAAGUGCCCGCGGUGGUCAUCCAGGCUGACCUCUGGAAGGUCAGCUUGGGCAAGCAGCGGGUGCUUGCACGAAGGGCAGGAGCAAGGGAAGGUAGGAGGAGGGCGGCGCAGUGA